GCUGGUUCGAUUUCUAUAGAAUUUCUGCGGUACUUCCCCGAAAAGAACCAGUAUUUUUUUUAAAUAUGGGUCUCGGCCAAUCCAGUGACUACAUUUCAGAGGGGGAGAUAUCCGACGACGACUUGGACGACCGAUAUUUUGCCUCUAAUCGUAAUCCUCCCAAUAGGAAUAUCCCAGACCAAAUUGAAGCAAGACCUAAUUUGGGCACAAUGAACGAGGCAUCUAACAGUAUUGAUGCUGUAAGAAGAUCAACCUCAACCCACCAUCAAAACAAUCAAAUAUCAUUGGCUGAUCUCACUUUUGUUGAAAAGCAGCUUGACGAGUAUGAACUGGUUUCUCUGUUAUAUCUGCUUUAUGAUAACAAUGAAUCAGCGUUGCAAGCUAUAGAAGAAAUGCUGAGUCCCAGACAAAUUGGUUUUAAUUCCCUUGCUAAAUGGGUAGAGCGUGAAGGUAUCAAAGACCAAAAGUGGCCAAAAAAACUUGAAGAAGCUUUGUGCAUUAUCCAAAAUUAUCAAGUUCUAAAAAAUUUUGGACACAAUAAGAAUGACCUGCAAUGUACCUAUUUGCCUUCGCAAAUAGAAACUUCUUAUUUAGUCAACAAAUUGAGAAAAACUCUCUAUUUAACCGCUGAAAAACUUACCUCAACUCAGACUGCUAAAUUUAUUAAUGGCAUGAAAACUGAAAGCAACUUUGUACCAAAUUAUAAUGAAAAUUAUUUGGAAUUGUAUUUUUUGUAUUGGGAAAAAGAAAAUGUUAAUUUUAAGAACAUCAAAAGUGUUUUUAAAACAAUGGAUUUGGAAUUGAUUUCUGAACAGCUAAGUGCUGUUUUACCAGAAGAGCCACCAAAUAUUGACUUUGCUGAUCAAUUGGAAAAUAUUGAUCUUAAACCAUCUGAUGAUAGGAAAGGGACUAGAAAAGAUAAUACAGUUUUCCCUACAGGAUCUUUUGAAGGCGACUCCUUACAUGCUGUAACACAAAACAGCAAUGAGAAACUAUUACAGGCAGAUCGUUAUUUUAUUGAUUCUAAAAAUCCUGGCAUUGUAUUGAUUAUUAAUCAAGAGUACUUUUAUACUGAACCAUUGAAAGAAUUUGAACAUUUGUUGCAUGAAUCAAAAGACUCCAAUAAACUUCCAAAUCGAACCGGCUCUACUAUGGACAAAAACGAACUUGAGAAAGUAUUUUCAGCCAUGAAUUUCAAAGUUAUAGUAGAAGAUAACUUGACCCACAAACUUAUGCUCGAUUGCAUCGAAAAAUACACCAACUUAGCCUCCAAAACUAGCAGUUUAAUAAUUUGUAUUUUAUCACACGGGGCUAAUGGCGUAGUAUUUGCUGCAAACAGUUGUAAAGUUGAAGUGAGUGAGAUUCAAAAAAUAAUGCGUCACAAAAAUUUAAUUGGAAAACCAAAAGUGCUGAUUUUACAAUCCUGCCAAGGCGACGAGUGUCAGAAAAUUGAAGAAGACGAUAACACAACCGAUGGAGCAACUAGAGUACCAGGCACAGCCGAUUCGCUCUGUUUUUGGGCCACUAUUCCCGGUUUUGCUGCUAUUAGAAAUAUGAAACAGGGAUCUUGGUUUAUACAGGCUUUGUGUGAGGAAAUUAAGAGAAGCCAAUACGGUUCCAGCAGGUGUCAUUUUUCCGAUAUUUGUACUAAAGUUAUGAACCAAGUUACUCAGAAAAAAUGGAAAAGUAAUGUUAUGACUCCCAUGUUGGUGUCAACCUUGACAAAAGCAUUUUAUUUACCACUACCGACCAAAUAACUUUGUUGUGAGCCACAAAGUGAUAAUUUGUUAUAUGUAGGUUUAAGACAUGACAAUAAAGAAAGCAAUUUAUGUUUAAGUUUUUAUAAAAUAUAUUAUGUAUUACUAUUUUUAGAAAAAUGCUUGUUUUGUUCAAUAAUAAAAGUAUACGUUGUUAUAUUGUACUUAAAAUUUUUGAAAAUCAAAUAAAUUUAAAUAAUUACCAUUGUUUUGUUUACUAUUAAUAUAUUUAAAUAACAAAAAGUGAAAAUUCAAAUCCACUUCAAAUCUGAAACGAGUGCAACAUGAUCAGAUGGAAAUACAACACUGGGAAUGGCACUGUUUUCUAUCAGUUCCUCUUCACUUGGAAGUGGAAUAACUUGAGACACAGCUAAAUUCGUUUCUUCAUAAAAAAUGUAGUCCAAGCAAGCGGCAAAUAUGACUGUAAAAUUGGUGUAUUUUGGUGUGCCGCAGGCACUUUGAAGCUUAAAAGAUUGCUUCAUAUUGAUAUUAUUGAUUGAUUCUUCUUGAUCUGAAAACAAUAAACAUUGUUUUCCUCCUCAGAUUGAUUAUACAAAUUCUUACUGCUGCUGUAGUCUGGAAAGUUGCCUGGCAAAAACCCAGUGGUAUAUAAUUUAUAGAUACCACAAGUGGGUACACUAUUGAAGUCUCCACAAAAUAUUAAAGAAACUCUUUUAUCACAAUACUAAAAAUUAAACAAAAAAAAUUAUCUUAUGAGUAGCUUGAUUAUAGAAAAACUUAACUCUUUUUUUAGUUUCCUUAACAAAAUUUUCCAGAUAUCUUAUAGCCAAACACCCGUGCAAGAGUCUUAUAUGAUCAGCAUCAGGAUGGAAAUACAAAUGAGUAUUAGCCACUACAAGAACCUCAUUAUUUUCUAAAGACCCCACCACAUUCACUUGCAUAGUGGUUGUCCUAUCUGAAAUUCUACUAGCCAGCUUCUCAUUUCUUUUGAUUUUCCCCCAAAUAUCCUCGAACAAAGGAUUUGUCUUUAUUUGAUCAGCAAAAAAUAUUUCUUCGUGCCCUAGUAAUAUAAAUCUGCUAGUGUUAUAGAAAAAUGCCAAGCCUUCAGCUACAGCACCAUUUCCUUUGAGGUCAAAAUUACUUUCAUAGCCCAAAUGAGAUAGUGUUGGUUUUAAAUCAUAUUUGAAAACUUUCCUGUCCACCUCUUGUAAGCAAACAAUAUCUGCAUUAUAACCUGGAAUUAAAUAUUAUAAUAAUUAUUCAAUAAUGCAUUUAUUUAAAAGACAACCAAUAAUUUCCUUGAGAAAUAAUUGUUUCCUGUAAUCUAUGCUUAACGCAUAAGGUGGACAAUAUGGAAACAAUUCUUUUCUAGAAUAAUCAGAAUCACAGUAUAAAUCUGCUAAUAUAUUGUAAGAGACUACACGAAAUCUACAAAAGAAAGUUUUAGAAAUUGAUAACCACUUGUAGUAGUUCCUCACUCAUUUCCUUUUAGUUUAUUUUUGGUAAAAGCAUGUCUUCGUUCAAAAGGACAUUCCCCAGGACUUGCUUGAACCACACAAGAGGAAAUAGCUUCAAAUUCAGGACCAGCCAUAGAGUCAUCAUUUCUCGGUACACAAACGAAUUUCAAAUAACAAUUAAUAUCAGUAUUUUGAGGCUGAUAAAUGAAACCUUUACCAGCCUUUUGCCAUUCGAUUUUGUCUUGAGAUUUGUACCAUAAAAAGUCACUGUUGUCAGUGUUGGUGAACACCGAUUCAAAUUUUGCAGGGUAAAUUGGAAAAUUGGCUAAAAUAGAGUUGGGCAGCGUCAAUGUGAGAACCCAAGGGGAAUUAAUUAUUACGUCGAAUGCCUGUUCAUUGAUUGAUAGUUGAACUGGGUUGUCAGAGUAAAAUACCUCUUGGCACGACUGGUCUUUUGGAAUUUCUAUUUUGUUUGAUAAAAGCGUUAUCGACAAGGGUUUAUCGUCUGUGGAUGUCGAUUUUCUCUUUUUCUUUUUGUUCACAGCCUUAUCUACGUUUGCUUUCACUCUGGUUAAAAAACUAUCCACACUUUCCGAUAACUUUCGUGUAAGGUUGAAUUUCCUUUUUAUUCCUUCGCCGUGCAAUUCAAAGGUAAUAUCGAAAUGUUCUCCGUCAGGAUUGUGUCUUAAAUAAGCCUUAUCCAUUUUAUAAACGGGCCGGUGUAAUAGUCUGCUGGAAAAAUUAAAUUUGGG